CCAGGGAGCAUGCGCUUCCCUUGCCAUUCAUUCAGGAACAGUAAUAAAAUGUAAUCUUAUUUCUGCAAACAUCGAUAUGAGUGAAACUUGCUUAUUCCUUGCGUUACCCCGGGAACUGAGGGAUGAAAUCUACAAGCUCUGUCUCCACUAUCCCGACCUAGGAUCUAUGCUUGAUAAGCACCUUGAAGAAACGAGGAAGGCACUGUCCAAACGAUUCAAGAUGGAGGUUCCUGUCGAUGCCAUCGAAAAAAUGCUGGAAUGGACUUCUCUCGAGGUGCCCCGUCGACCGCCUCUGAGAUGUGCGGGGCUGCUGCUUGCGAAUCGACAAAUCUCGAGCGAAGCGCAGAUCAUAUUACAUACCAAAGUGCUUCGCAUCGAUACCCCAAUAUCAUCAAAUUUCAGUAGAGACGUUAGGGGUCUUCAAAUAACAGACUUCAUCGGAGACCAAGCGCUUGCACGUGUUCGUUACGCGCAGUUAAUCUUGCAGUUCAACGAUUUGACCGAAGCGAACAACUGGUACCGAACGGUAAACCAACUUUCCAACAUCUGGACUCGGAGGAAUUCGUUGAAGCUAUUAAAAGUUCACAUUCAGCCAAGCAGAGGCUUGGAGAGAGAUCACGAAAGAGCGGUUACGCGGAGGCUGGUUUUGGUCAAGUUAAUGGACCUAUCCCGUGUUGUUCCGACAGAGUUUGAAGGUGAAAUGCUAAAGCGUAGAACUGAAGUGCAGUAACUGAGGCCAUCGCUUCCUGAUCACGACCAUAUCGCCGUCGGUUUUCUAUCCUCUGCUCACCUCAUCGUUUCGCCAACGCCAUUGAAUCUGUGAAGACUCGCAGACAAUUUAUUCAAAAAGUUAGUGCAUUAUCUCCCGA